UUCGAGAAAGAAGCAGACAAAGUAGUAAAGUAAAGAAAUUUUCUCGACGAAAACGAACACAAUUGUUUAUGUGUGAUCGCGAAAGUAGAAAAACGUCAAUUUUUUAUAAUUUAAUUUUUAUUUUUACUUGCUAACCUAUUAAAGGACGUGUGGUGUUUUUGGAAAUGUAAGCGGAUUUUAAGCAGCUUAAAACAAGUAAAACGUACGCAUUAAAAAUUAAAAAUAAAAAUUUAAGUGCAAAUUUUCGGAACAAAACGCACAGCAAAAUUGAAAAACAAAAAAUUGUGUGCAAAAAAGAUAACAAAAUAUAUUAUAAAGGAAGAGUUGUACAUUACUAUAAACAGAAAAAGUUAAGGGAGCAGUAAUUGAAAAGCCAAGAGGCUAAUGAAGGAAGGUUGAAAAAAGAAGUGAGGUUUAAGCCAAAUCAAUUGGUGGUUCAUAUAAACAUCUGUUGAGUUGUAACGCUUGUGUUGUUAUUGUUGUUAGGAGGGCCCACUAACACCCUGCUACUAACAAACACACACAUAUUGACUUGAUAGCUCGCGACGCCCCUCACCAUCAAAAAUGGCGCCCACAACAACUAUUGAAACAAUAACAAUCACAAGGCCACUCAAGGUCAUUGCAUUUAUAUGCGGUGUCAUCGUUGUGAUACUGAUGAUUAUGGCAUUAGCUUCCACGGACUGGUUAAUGGCUGCUGGCUGGCGCCAGGGUCUCUUUGUGCACUGCAUUGAGGAGGAUGUUGAUUCACCGUUGCCAUUCAACUUGCACGAUCCGCCUGGUUGUUAUGCCAGUCGAGAUGUGGCUUACAUCAAGGCUACUGCCGCUUUAUGCAUAAUCACAUUGAUAACAGACGUUAUUGCCACCAUACUCACUGGACUGGGUUUGCGAACACAGAAUCACAAUGUGAAAUACAAAUUCUACAGAAUUGCUGUGCUGGUGAUGCUGUUGUCAUUACUGGCUGUUUUGUCUGCACUUAUAAUAUAUCCUGUAGGCUUUGCUGGAGAACUCAAUUUGGCGAAUCGGCCGAUUUGGGAAUUCGGUUGGGCCUAUGGUGUUGGCUGGGGUGCAGCUAUCUUCCUGUUUGGAGCCGUUGUGCUACUGCUAUGCGAUAAGGAGUCGGAGGAGAUCUAUUAUAAGGAGAGAAAAAUUGUACAUGAAAACCAAAUGCGCGCCUAGGCCAGGCCGCACGACCUGCCUGACGUCGUUCUUUAGAUAUUUAAGUAAAUUAUGCGAUUUCUACUGAUAUAAUACUACUAACUACUACUAUUACAAGAACAACAAAACAACAAAAACUAAAUUCAACAACAUCAAGCCGUAAACAGUAGGAAAUGAAAGCAAGCAAAAAGCAAAGAAACUAAAACAAAAAAUAACAAUAACGAACAAGAAGUAGAGGAAAGCAAAAAAAGUAAAAAGAGUUAGAACUUCUGUAAUAUUGUCAUCAUUGCCGUCAACCAGAAAACAAUACAAACACACAGUGAAAAAAUGAAGGAGCGCAGUUAAAAACAAAGCAAAAUCCGAUCGAAAAAAAAUUAAAACCAGCCCCAAUCAAUACAUAUACAAACAUACAACCAAAAUACACAUACACGCGCAUCAAAUGAUAAUCGCCUACUGUCACGCAUACUUACGGCAGUAAAAAAAUUUGGCUUUUCAAUAUCCCAAAGCAUAUUAACAAAACAAAGAAUAAAAAUAAUAGCAAGUAAAAUGAAAAAACAUCAACAAAAGCUAUAUAAGUCAAAGGCACAUUUGAUAUUUAAUAAGCAAACGCAGAAAAUUGUAGUACACUUGCAUACAUACAGGUGCUUGUGAAAAUCUGAUUACCGUUACAUUAAUAAUACAUACAUACGUGCAUAUCAAACUGAAAUAUUACACAGAACUGAACAACUUAGUUCCAAUUAAUAGCGCAUUUCAACAUAUUAUUGACACGCAUUGAUGGCGACGUUUCACGCAAACAUAUAUACAUACAUGGCUACUCGAAACACGCAAACACUCACACAUUUGUCAUACAUUUGGGUGAAUGCAUUUUUAUAAUCACUUUUACAAGUCCAUACAUAUACCUACUACAUAAAAGCAUACAUGUAUUCAUGGUGAUCGUAUUUAACCGUUUAGCACUGCAUACGUAUAUACCUACAAGCAUAUAUCUAUAUAUACAUGUAUUAAUCGUACAUAUACAUAUGUAUUCAUUGUUUCCAUUCUCUUCAAAUAUACAUACACACACAUAUAAAUAUAUAACAUAUAAUGUCACACAUAUGUAACUGCUUGACAAACCUUUUAAUCAUCCUUAAAUCAUCCACACUUCGUUCCACAAUCCCACAAUUAUUAUUAUUAUUUUUUUUUUUUUUUUCAUAUCCAUAUCGGUGUAAACUCCAUACGAAAUAAAGAAAAUUAAGUAAAUGAAUAUGGAUCGUACCGUGAAUGUAAGAAAUUCUAAUUAAAUAUAAGCGUAAAAAAUUGUAGCGUAAAAGGCUAACCACAAAAAAUGCAAAGAAUUAAAAAAAAAGUAUUAUUAAAAUACAAGUAAAAUGUUAAAAGAAAAAUAUUUUAAACAAAUAUCUGGAAAAUCAAUGUAAAUUCACGCUCAUGAACCUACCAAUUCACACCAAACCAGCGACGAUGAAUACGUGAACCGAGUCAUAUAUCAAGUCACAAGCAAACACACACCCAUAUAAAUAUAAUUAGCCUCCACAUAUUACAUACAUACACUACAGACAUACAUGCACACAUAGAUUUACAAAAAAAGAAAAAAAAAAUCAGGUAGCUAUAUUUUGUUUUAUGGCAAAGAAUAUGAUGCUUCCUUUUUGUUGGCUUCAAACAAGAGCAAACACGUUAGGCUUCGUUGAUCUUCUAAAACAUUAGAAAUAACAAAAAUUCCAUCGAGGCAUUAGAACGCAUGCCAUACGCUCCUUCGACCGCGCAAUCUGCAAUAUGCACACAAACUAUAAUUUCAUGUAAAUAUCAGCUAACACUUGAACAACUGCUGCGCGCGCUCGCAACGUAAAGAGCAGCCACUGGGUCGACGAGACCACGGCAGUCGGUUCUACGUUACCGUUAUAUGCCCAAGGACUGUCACUACAGCAGCAUUCCUCGCAAUUGCAUGGGGAUAAGCAUUCCUGCUACAACAACAACAACAAUGAGACCUAGUGAAGAAACUUGGUGCAACCGCUCUUCCCAGGAAAUCUAGUUUUAAUAUUUUUAGCACUAUCGUUAAAAAGUUUUGAGGGGGCGGUCUUAUAAUGCAUACUUAAGUUCUAGAUAAGCAAAAUCUUAAUUGAGCACAACUUGAAUUUUUUGGAAUAUUUGCUUUUCAUAGCACCAACUUGCAGAUUAAAAAAUAUAAUACGCGAAAAUUCUUGGCUUAUGUAUAUGAUUCAAUUGUUAAAGGUUUGCUCAUUUGUGACGUUAGAAUUCUGACGCACCCUUAAAAAAGGUAGCAUUUAAGAAAGACGAGAGAAGUGGAAAAAUUAAAUACCACAUUGGUAAAAGUUGCAGCCAAAAUUGCCAAGUCUGAUAUUAAAAAAGAAAAAUGAAAGAACGAGAACCCGGACACGAAACACCAAAUUAUAGAAAAUGUUUGUAAUAGCGGCGGUCGCUGCUCGUCAGACAAAGUCUAACUUCAGAGUGUACUUCUGCCAUGAAAAAGGUGCUCAUAAAAAACUAACUACCAUUCGGAGGCUAUGAUUAAUUACAUAUUGCUAAAUAAAUUAUUGUUGGUACAAUAACUUAUGCAUUUUUAAAGUAACCUUUUCUAGUAAGUACUUCGCAACCGAUGUUUGAAAGGUUUGAAAGGGCUCAGUUUGUAAAAAUGUUCAGUUUUCACGCGCAUUGCCCCAAAAGGAUGCUCUAUGAUAUCCUGAUUUAAGUGGUAUGUCAGGAUGUAUUGCAUAUCUUUUUGCCGCUGGAUCUACCGAGCAAGUUCUGGCUCGUAAACACACCUUUUUGAAAACGAAAUGUUUUUCUUGCAAACAUUACUUUUCCUUCAUUUUUACUCAAAAUUUCUAGAGUUAGUAACCCGGUUGUUCUUAAGGGAGCCGAUUUGUCAAGAGGGAACAAGAAAGCUGCUUACUGAGCAAACCUUUUAUUAGUGAAUCAUGGUUCAUGUACAUAUUUUGACAUUUAACGAAGUUACAAAAAAUGAUUAGUUCAAAAGUAGAUGCCCAGAAAAAAACCUUUAAAUUUUGUAAUUUUUUGGUCUUUUUUUUUUGUUCGCACCCUAUCAAGAAAUUCUUUUCCAUUGAACCUCAAUAAAAUCCAUUUCAUAUUUUUCUCCCCCAAAUCCAAUUAUUAUUUUACUUUUCACUUUGUAUAUAGUUAUAAGCUGUAAUCAGCUACAUUAAGCUCAAGUAUUUUUUUUUUUUGUUUUUUUUUAAUAAUUAGGGGUAUUUAUUUAAAAAACUAAUUUUUCUUGAUUAAAUUGUUUUCAAUAAUUUAUUUCUUUUUUCUUUUAAUUUUUAAACUUUUUUUUGUUAAUUUUCUUUUUAUUUAUAUUAAAUUUCUUUUAUUUAUUUAUUUUUUUUUGGUUGAUGAUUAGGAACACUAAUGUCCCCAAUGUUAUUCUAACAAAUUUUUGUUUUAUAAACAAAAUUAAAAAAAAAAAAUUCUUUUUUAUUAAAUAUUUUUUUUUAAUUUUGUUUCUUCGUUUGUUUAAAAAUUAGUUUUUCUUAAAUUUUUUGAUAACUUUUUUUCCAAAAAUUUUUUUUAUUAAAUAUUUUUUUUAAUAAAUUUCUUUUAUUAUUGCUUUCUGUCACUAAUGUUUCUAAUGUUAUUCCAGCAGCAUUCUUUCAUUCUAAAAUAUUUCACGCUACAACAGCCUGACUAAAUCGUUGCGUCUAGAUUAAGCUCAAGUUUUUUUUUUAAUAAUUUGGGGAAAAUGCAAGAUCUUAGCUUCGACUUUGAGUAUGCUUUAAGUAAGCAUUUUAAUACCGCCCAAGGCAGCGUAACAAGCGUCGCAUAUCUGGCAUAUCUAAAGUUCUAGCGCUAAUUAUAGAGUAUUCGUCGGACAUGUACCCUUUUUUUGCGACAACGUAAGUGUUAAUCAGCCAACCAAUCCGUGUUCAGAAUGUACCUCACAUGUUCCUCACAUAUUUACACACAGCACAGACACACAAAUUUGCAUACCGAUGUAUAUUUUGUUUUUAAUUUAUGUGUCAGUUUGUAGGUAAUUGCGCAAAUUUGAAGAAAAUUUUUGCAAAACACUUUUUGCUAUAUUUGUAACUGAAAAAAUUUCUUGCUACACACAACUUGUAGUACAAAUAUUUUCUCGAAAUUGUUUAUCACAGUCGAAUAGACUCAAAACUGAUAUUAUUUGCUUUAGAGUAUACGAAAUAUUUCGAAAAAUUUACUUACUUAGAUGUGUGUGUGAAAAACUUAUAAUUUUAAGCAAUAAAAAAUGAAAACAAAUGGCAGCUAUAUACAGCGCAAUUGGCAAUGUGGCGUCAAAACACAAAAGAAAAACAAAAAAACAAAAAAUAGUAAACAACAAUCUUACACAAAAAGCACACAAGAGUACACAUACAUGCAUAAACACUAAUUAAAGAUAAGCUUAUUGUUUGAAUUGAUGUUUCCUUUUUGUUUAAGAAUUGUAUUUUUUUUUUUUUUGUUAAAAGUAACUAACAAACGCUGGAAAGUAAUGACGAGAAGUGAAUAAUUCUACUAAUUAUAGUUGAGUUAGAUAACCCUGUUAAAUUGUUUUGCCUUUACACGGCCUUUACUUUGUAUAUUUAAGUAACUAAUUAGUCUGUCUUCAUAAACUCUUUAUAUUUAUUUUACAUCUGAAAAUAUUUUUGAGACAAAUAUUUCUUUGACAAACCAAUUUAUUUUACUGCGAUAAAUUAUGAACUUUUGUAAAAAAAUACAUUUCGAAGCAUUGUAAAGCUGUAUUGGUGAGUAUUUAAAAGUUUAAACAGCUAAGUCGGCUUAAUUUGCUUUAUGAAAGUUUCGUAGAAUAGUUAAAAGAGACACAAAAGAAACAAAAUUUAAAGCUUCACAAAAAAGUUUUUCAUUGCUUUGCGCUUCAUUACAUCAGAACACUUCAAAUCGUCCAUGUUCGGUAAGACAGACAAUUUAUAUGUUAUUAUUUACUAUUAUUGAGUUAAAUGAAAAAGAAAAAAUAUAUAUAGUAUAAACAGUAAAAUGUUUAAACACUACACACUGCUAAUUUACUUGUACAAUUUGUACAAAAUAAUAUCUAUUAUAUAAUAUUAUUUAUUUUUAGUGCUCUCUAUUUUACCCUACGAAUGUAAUAUCCGAACGCACUGACUAUAGACUUCUUCUACCUAUACAUAAUAAUGUAUAUAUACAAUUUUUUUCUAAUCAUGUAUUGGUCUGAUUUACAGUGUUAAUAUUAAUAAACUAAUUUUUUGUUAGUAAUUAUUUUUAUUUUUUUACUAUUAUUUUUUAUUAAUCUGUUUUUAUUAUAUUUUUUUACGAAUUUUUAAGAAAAUUUAAGGAAACAUUUUUUUUUUUUCAAAUUAAGAAACAAAAAUAAAAAAAUUAAAUAAAAAGUUUUAUAAAAAAUUGUAAAACAAAAAAUUAUUAAAAAAUUUAUAAAAUUUUUUAUAAAUUUUUUUACAGUUUUUUUUAUUAUAUUUUUUAUAACCCGUUUUUCUUAAUUAAAAAAAAUUGUUCUAAAAUUUUUUGUAUACAUUUUUUAGAUGAUUUUUUGUAAAUUUUCUUUUACUAAUUUUUUGAUUAAUUUUGUUCUUGUUAAACUCUUCAUUAAUUUGAAAGAAUUUUUUAUUUAAAAUUUAUUACAUUUUUUUUACAAAAUUUUUUUAUUAUAUUAUUUUAUAACCUGGUUUUCUUAAUUAAAAAAAUUGUUCGCAAUUGUUUUUAUAAAUACAUUUUUUAGAUAAUUUUUGUUUUAAUUUUUUUGAUUAUUUUGUUUCUGUUAAACUUUUUAUUAGUUGGUACGAAUUUUUUAAAAAAGUAAGAAACAAAAUUUUUAUAAAAUAUUUUAUAAAAAAAAAAUUAUUUAUUAAAAAAUUUUAUAAAUCUUUUUUUAUUAAACACUUUUUUAUAGAUUUUUUUAUAAUUUGUUUUUUGUACAUUUUGUUUCUUAAUUGAAAAAAAAAACAAAUGUUUCAUAAUUAAUUCAUAUCUUUUUUAAUUUUUGUUUCUUAAUUAAAAAGAAAUGUUUUUCAUAAUAAAUUAAUAUCUAUUUAAUUUUUGUUUCUUAAUUAAAAAAAUGUUAUUCCAGAAAAAUUGUUUGUAUAAAACCUUUUUUUAAUUUGUUUUAAAAAUUUUGAUUUUCUAAAAAAAUUUUUUUGUAAAAUGUUUUUUUUUUAAUUUUUUUAUUUAAUAUUUUUGUGGUUUUUUAUUCAAUUUCUUUUUAGGUUUUUUUUUUUAUUAAAUUUAUUUUUAUUUUUUGUUUUUUUUGAUGAGCACUAAGGUUCCUAAUGUUAUUCCAGCAGCAUUCUCCAAAAGUUCAAACGAAACUAUUUCACACUACUACAACAACAACCUAACUAAUUUGUUCCGACUACAGUUGGGCCAGUGGCCCAAUCCAGUCUGGCCACAAUCUACCAGUUUCCGCGUAAAGCAUUAUGCUAUAUAAUCUGCAUUAGAUUAUGUUGUAAACCUCAGUGUGACAGCGUCACUGUUUUAAAGAGGAUUCCUCUUUAGCACACUUUGGUUUUGACGUUCGGAAUGUGCGGGUUAACGCUGCGUAUCUUCGAGGCCCUUUUUAUUUCAAUACCGGUAUGAACCCGUGUAGUUUUAGCAGAUUUGCUGUUGUUGUUGUAGUAGCUUAAAAAUUCCCCAUACAUGUAUGUGAGAACGGAUUGGCAGAAUCAUCCAACUUUUGGAUUUAGAAGUCCCACUCCGUCCAUCUACUUCAUAGAUUUGAUCGUUACCAAAUUCUAUUAGGGCAGUGAUGGAAGUAUGAGUCGUAAGGAGCCACUGGGUUUUCACGAACGAAACUUGUGAACUUGCAGCCCGUCAGUUAAGGUUUAUACCUUGUGGGUCGAGCAUGGAGAUUGAUAUAUUUUUAUUACUGAAAUCCAACCGCUGUAGAAGAGUGGUUUGUGCGUGGCUACUAAUCGGCGGGGCCCGAGAUAGAAGACCAGUAAAUUUUGGAGAAACCUGUUUCGGCGGUUAAAGGCAAAUCUCUUAAUGAAUCUCGUUUUUCUUUCUCGAAAAAGCUUCUCAUAACAAACCAUCUGCCAUCUGUAAGUCCGUCCAUUUGUAGGACAAGCUCUGCCAAAUACCUAAUUACUUAAUUAUUAACUAACACUUUUUCGCCCCACACAUUUAUUUUAGUAAAUGUGGUUUGUUAGUAUGUAAAGUAUUUUGAAAAGUAGCAACAUUGUAAAUUGGACCGAAAUUAGUUAAAACUGCUUACGUCUCUUUAUUUAUAUUAUUUUGGUUAAGUGUACUUUGUAUAAUUUUUCUGUAUAUUAUUGUUUGUAAAAUUUUAAUUUUCCUUAUCUAAUAUAAACAAUGUUAAAUAACAAAAAAAAAAAAAAUUGGUAUUUUUAUUUGAAUUAAAAA